AUGGUUCCUUCUUCCAAAUACAACAAGCUCCAAGGCAAGCAUGUGAUCAUUAUUGGCGGCUCAUCAGGGAUCGGACUUGGCAUCGCAGAAGCGUCCCUCGUCUCCGGAGCUAGCGUCGUGACCAUCACAUCUUCUUCACGAGCCAAGAUAGACACCGCCAUCUCACAACUCAACAGCUACACCGCUCACCCAGACCAGAGGGUCCAGGGGUUCACCGCAAACUUGGCAGGGGAGGACGCCGAGAGCCAGCUGGACGCCGUAUUCCAGCAGGCAGUAGAAGCGGCGGGCACGAUCCACCAUGUCGUCUACACGGCCGCAGAUGCGCUAUCUCUUACGAUGCUGCAGGACAUGACACCCGAGAAGAUCCUUGCAGCCUGUCAGAUGCGUUUUGUGGCUCCCCUUCUCGCCGCAAAGGUGGCUGCCAGAUAUCUCCCUCCAUCUCCCGAGAGCUCCCUGACCUUGACGUCUGGCAGUGCCGCGUGGAAGAGCACCCCGGGGUGGGCUCUGGGAUCGUACUUCUCAGGCGGGCUACAGGCCGUGACGAGGCAGCUUGCCGUGGAGCUCAAGCCCGUCCGGGUGAAUGCGGUGGCUCCCGGGUUUAUUGAUACGGGGCUCUGGGGCAUGAUGAGUGACGAGGUCAAGGCCGAGUUUGUGAGGAACACGGAGGCGACGGUGCCGACGGGCAAGUUUGGCCAGGUGGAGGAUGUGGUGGAGGCAUACUUGUGGGUGAUGAAAGAUGGAAAUGCGACGGGGACUGUUGCGGGAAGUGAUUCAGGUUUUUUGGUGGUUUGA